GAAGAAACGGAGUACAUAUUGGCAUGGAGGCGAGGAUAUGUGAAGGUGAGAGCAGAGCAUGUUGUCGGAGUCCGAUUGAGAAGAAGAGAAACACGGUGUCGUGUCGUGUCGUGUCGUUCUCUGCUGUAUUUGGUUGAAGAUUUGCCCUUAGAUUUGUUGUGGAUAAGAUUCAAUUCUCGGGUGCUCUGCUCAUGGUUGUUCUCAGGGAAUCUCCAUUAGAGACAGUCUGAUAUGCAAAAAGAUUGAACAACUUUGUUGCAUUUUUUUGGCCACUUUGACUUCGUGUUCUCCUUUUGCUUUUUCAGAUGGAAGAGACCUCUGUUUGCUGCGAACAAUUGCCAGAUGGGGAAUGCAUUGAGGUUCGGAAAGAAGAAGAUGGUGCACUAAUUGAAUUAGAUUGUCAAAAUGGUUUUUCUGAAGAGAGAAAGGAAUUUGUUGCACCUGCUGUUGGAAUGGAGUUUGAGUCAUAUGAUGAUGCUUACAAUUAUUAUAUCUGCUAUGCCAAGGAGGUGGGGUUUCGUGUAAGGGUGAAGAAUUCAUGGUUUAAGCGAAAUAGCAGAGAAAAAUAUGGUGCAGUGCUUUGCUGUAGCAGCCAGGGUUUCAAAAGAAUAAAAGAUGUUAACCAUUUGAGAAAAGAGACAAGAACUGGUUGUCCUGCGAUGAUAAGGAUGAGGUUAAUGGAUUCUCAAAGAUGGAGGAUACUUGAGGUUACAAGUGAACAUAACCACAUGUUAGGUGCUAAGAUACACAAAUCGGUUAAGAAGAUGGGAACUGGAACCAAAAGGAAGACGUUGCCUAGUUCUGAUGCUGAGGCGCAAACAAUUAAGUUGUACCGUGCUCUUGUGAUAGAUGCAGGAGGUAGUGGUAAUUCAAACUUCAGUGCAAGAGAUGACAUAACUUUCCCUGAAUUUUCUAAUAAGUUGAACCUUAAAAAAGGUGACACACAAGCCAUUUAUAAUUUCCUAUGCCGUAUGCAGUUGACUAAUCCAAACUUCUUUUACUUGAUGGAUUUCAAUGAUGAAGGGCAUUUGAGGAAUGCAUUCUGGGUUGAUGCUAGGUCCAGGGCUGCUUGUGGUUAUUUUUGUGAUGUUAUAUAUUUUGACAACACUUAUUUGUCAAACAAAUAUGAAAUCCCUCUUGUAGCUUUUGUUGGAAUAAAUCACCAUGGUCAAUCAGUGUUAUUAGGCUGUGGCCUGCUUGCUGGUGAAACAACAGAGUCUUAUAGAUGGUUGUUUACAGCAUGGGUUACAUGUAUGUCAGGACGUUCUCCCCAAACUAUUAUUACUGACAGGUGCAAGGCUUUGCAGAGUGCAAUUGUAGAAGUUUUUCCUAGAGCUCAACAUCGUUUUGGCUUGUCAUUAAUAAUGAAAAAAGUACCAGAAAAAUUAGGGGGGUUGCACAAUUAUGAUGCGAUCCGGAAAGCACUGAUUAAAGCAGUUUAUGAGACAUUGAAAGUGAUUGAAUUUGAAACAGCAUGGGGAUUUAUGAUUCAGCGUUUUGGAGUUAGUGACCAUGAGUGGCUUCGUUCUCUAUAUGAAGAUCGAGUACGUUGGGCUCCGGUAUAUUUGAAGGACACUUUUUUUGCUGGAAUGUCUGCAGCCCGCCCUAGUGAGACCAUUAGUCCAUUUUUCGAUAGAUAUGUGCACAAACAGACUCCUUUGAAGGAGUUUCUUGAUAAGUAUGAAUUAGCUCUUCACAAGAAGCACAAGGAAGAAUCUUUUGCUGAUAUUGAAUCAAGAAGUUCAAGCCCCUUGCUGAAAACGAGAUGUUCUUUUGAACUGCAGCUCUCUAGAUUGUACACCAGAGAAAUAUUCAUGAAGUUCCAAUUUGAAGUGGAAGAAAUGUAUUCUUGUUUUGGUACAACACAAUUACAUGUGGAUGGCCCGAUCAUAAUCUUCUUGGUCAAGGAGCGUGUUUUGAUCGAUGGAAACAGACGGGAGAUUAGGGAUUUUGAAGUUCUCUACAGUAGGACAGCAGGUGAAGUUCGUUGCAUCUGUAGCUGCUUUAAUUUUUAUGGAUACUUAUGUCGGCAUGCACUGUGUGUGCUCAAUUUUAAUGGGGUGGAGGAGAUACCUUACAAAUACAUUCUUUCACGAUGGAAGAAAGAUUACAAGCGCCUUUAUGUUCCUGAUCACAGCUCUGGUAGUGCUGAGGAUACUGACCGUAUUCAAUGGUCCAGUCAGUUAUUUAGAAGUGCCUUACAAGUUGUGGAGGAGGGGAUAAUUUCUCUAGACCAUUACAAUGUAGCGUUGCAGGUUUUUGAAAAAUCACUGAGUAAGGUUCAUGAUGUAGAACAGAGACAGGACGCUGUUUUACUUUGGUCCUUUUACAAUGUUUUCUUUCUUUGCCACAACAAUCGUGCCUCUCUUGCUCGAAACACAUAUGAACCCUCUGGCCGGACCAUGAACGACAAUACUCUGUGUUCUCUGAACGAUAAGGACUUGUCGUCGCUUAGUCCUAAUCUCGACAUCACGAUAGAUGACGGAUCUCCAAACAGUGAACAACUACUUGAGGUUGAGGAUGACGGCAAUGGGCUUGAGAAUGACUGUGGUCAAUUAUUUGAUAUUGAUGGAAGUGAACACGAAAUUGGGAGGGAUGAAACAACAGUAGUUGAUAAUCUUAGUGGAGAAUCUCUAGGGAAAGACUACCCCCCACCAGUUGUGGGAAUGGAGUUUGAUACUUAUGAUGAUGCCUACAACUAUUACAAUAGCUAUGCCAAGGAAAUUGGAUUUGCUAUUCGUGUUAAAUCUUCGUGGACCAAACGUAACAGCAAAGAGAAGCGUGGUGCUGUGCUGUGUUGCAACUGUGAGGGUUUUAAAACAAUUAAAGAAGCAAAUAGUCAUAGGAAAGAAACAAGAACAGGCUGUCUAGCAAUGAUUAGAUUGAGAUUAGUGGAAUCUAGCAUGUGGAGGGUCGAUGAAGUCAAGCUUGAGCAUAACCAUUCUUUUGAUCCUGAGAGAGCACAAAACUCUAAAUCCCAUAAGAAGAUUGACACUGGGGCCAAAAGAAAAGUUGAGCCAACUGUAGAUGUUGAAGUACGAACAAUCAAGUUAUACCGAAUGCCAGUUGUAGAUGCAUCAGGUUAUGGAAGCUCAAAUUCUAAUGAAGGAGGAAGUAGCAACAACAUUAAUUUUUCCAGGCGUUUGAAACUUAAAAAAGGUGAUCCAGAACUUAUUUCAAAUUACUUCUGCCGCAGUCAACUAAUGAAUCCUAAUUUUUUCUAUGUGAUGGAUCUGAAUGAUGAUGGACAACUGAGAAACAUAUUUUGGAUUGACUCUAGAUCUAGGGCUGCAUAUGGUUAUUUUGGUGAUGUGGUUGCAUUUGACUCAACAUGUUUGUCAAACAAUUAUGAGAUCCCACUUGUUGCAUUUGUUGGUGUUAAUCACCAUGGGCAAUCUAUUUUGCUAGGAUGUGGUCUGCUUGCAGAUGAGACAUUUGAAACAUAUAUGUGGUUAUUUAGGGCAUGGCUUACAUGUAUGUCUGGUCGCCCUCCACAAACUAUGAUUACAAACCAGUGCAAAACCAUGCAAAGUGCAAUAGCAGAGGUUUUCCCAAGAGCUCACCAUAGAAUUUGUCUAUCACAAGUCAUGCAGAGCAUUCUUGGAUAUUUUGUGCAAUUUCAGGAUUAUGAGGCAUUUCAGACGGCGCUGACUAAAGUGAUGUUUGACUCUAAAACAGUAGAUGAAUUUGAAAGGGAUUGGGAUGAACUGACCCAGCAUUUUGGAAUAAGAAGCCAUGAAAAGCUUCAAACCUUGCAUGAGGAACGAGAGCAUUGGGCUCCAGUUUACUCCAAGGACACAUUUUUUGCUGGAAUUUCUGAUUAUGAAAAGGGUGAGUCUGUGGUUCCCUUUUUUAAGGGUCAUGUGCAUCAACAAACUUCUUUGAAAGAAUUUUUUGAGAUUUAUGAGUUAGUUCUGCAAAAAAAGCAUAAAACUGAAGCUCUUGAUGAUUAUGAGUCAUGCAAUUCAAUCCCAUUACUGAAGACAAGAUGCUACUAUGAGCUGCAGCUCUCUAGAUUGUAUACAAAUACAAUAUUCAGGAAGUUCCAAGAUGAGGUGGUGAUGAUGUCCUCUUGUUUCAGCGUCACACAAAUUCAAACAAAUGGGUCUAUAGUGACGUACAUGGUAAAAGAACCUUUAGGGGAAGAACCUGCAAGAGAUGCUAGGCAGUUUGAUGUCAUGUAUGAUAAAGCUGGAGCAGAAGUACGCUGCAUUUGUAAUUGCUUUAACUUCAAAGGCUACCUGUGCAGACAUGCCUUGUAUAUCCUUAAUUACAAUGGUGUGGAGGAAAUUCCAUGUCAAUAUAUUUUGUCAAGAUGGAGGAAGGAUUUUAAGCGAUUGUAUGUACCUCAUCUCAGUUCUGAUAAUGUUGAUAUUAGCAACCCAGUUCAGUGUUUUGAUCAUUUGUACAAACGUGCUAUGCAAGUUGUUGAAGAAGGGAUGAUAUCCCAAGAUCAUUAUAUGGUUUCUUGGCAAGCAUUUAAAGAGUCUUUGAAUAAGAUUCGCCUUGUAGCAGACAAGAUUGAAUAAAUAAAUCAAGAAUAGUGAUAACAAUAUGUUGUGCGCAACCCAUUUCUUCGUUUGCCUAACAUUCACAGUUUGCAAAAUUAUGUGAAAGCAUAGAAUGUGUUGGUCAUGAAGCUGUUAAGUUCAUCCAAACCCUACUCGAAA